AUGGUCUUAGCUGAUUUAGGAAAACGGAUCCAUAAUGCGGUAAAUAAUGCAUUAUCAGAUACCGAGGAUGACUAUACGACUACCGUAGACACCAUGCUAAAAACUAUAACAACAGCAUUAUUGCAAAGUGAUGUCAAUAUCAGGCUAGUGUCUAGUUUACGUACAAAUAUAAGAAAUGAGUUACUAAGCAAUAAUAAACACAAUUUACCACCAUCACAAAGAAAAAAAUUAAUUCAAAAGGUUGUCUUUGACGAAUUAUGCAAUUUAGUUGAUUGCAAAGAACAAGAUGUCAUCUUUCAAGCUAAAAAAAAGAAGGCAAAUGUGAUUAUGUUUGUUGGGUUGCAAGGUUCAGGUAAAACCACAUCAUGUACCAAAUUGGCUGUCUAUUAUGCCAAGAGAGGCUUUAAAGUUGGGUUAGUUUGCGCAGAUACCUUUCGUGCAGGUGCUUUUGACCAAUUGAAGCAAAACGCUAUCAAAGCUCAUAUCCCAUUUUAUGGUUCAUACACUGAGCCAAAUCCUGUUAAAGUAGCUAGCGAUGGUGUGGCUAAAUUUAAAAAGGAAAAAUUUGAAAUCAUUAUAGUAGAUACUUCUGGUAGACAUCAGCAAGAAGAAGCACUAUUUCAAGAAAUGGUGGAAAUCUCUAGUGUUGUUCAGCCAAAUCAAACUAUUAUGGUUUUGGAUGCCUCCAUAGGUCAAGCAGCUGAGCAACAAGCUAAAGCUUUUAAAGAAAGUGCUAACUUUGGUGCCAUUAUAUUAACCAAAAUGGACGGGCACGCCAAAGGUGGUGGUGCCAUUUCUGCUGUUGCUGCUACCAAUACACCAAUUAUUUUUAUAGGUACUGGUGAACAUAUGCACGAUUUUGAAAAAUUUAGCCCUAGAUCCUUUAUCCAGAAAUUGUUAGGAUUAGGUGAUAUAGAAGGGUUCGUAGAUAUUUUAAAUUCUGUUACAAAUAAAAAAGAUACUCAGGAGAUGAUGGAAAAUUUUAAAAAGGGGAAAUUUACGUUAUUGGACUUCCAGAAACAAAUGCAAACAGUUAUGAAAAUGGGUCCAUUGUCUAAUGUAGCACAGAUGAUUCCCGGGUUGAAUAAUGCUGCUCAAGCCAUGUCUGGCGGUGCUGAUGGUGGUAACACCGAUUUUAUGGAUAAUGCUUCUAAAGUUGUGAAACAAUCUAUAUACAUUAUGGAUAGCAUGACUAAAAAAGAAUUGGAAAGUGACGGUAGAUGUUUUAUCGAAGAACCUAGUAGAAUAGUAAGAAUUGCUCGUGGUAGUGGUACUAGUGUGUUUGAGGUAGAAAUGUUAUUGAUGCAACAUCAAAUGAUGGCAAAAAUGUCACAAAGUACUGCACAAAACAUACAACAACAAGAAGCUAUGAAACAAAUGGGGGGUGCCAAUGGUAUGUCUCCGCAGCUAAUGCAACAGCGUAUGCAAAUGAUGCAAAAGAAUCCACAGAUGAUGCAGAAAAUGAUGAAGCAGUUUGGUGGUAAUAUGCCUAAUUUUCCGGGAGCUGGUGGAGCUGGUGGAGCUGGUGGUAUGCCUAACUUUGGUGAUAUGAUGGGUAUGAUGAAAAAUCCUGAAAUACAAGCGAUGGCCAAAGAGUUUGCCAAAAACGGAGGCGGACCAGGCGGUAUGUUUCCAUCGAUGGGUGGUGCCGGUGGUAUGCCCAAUCCUUUUGGAUUUUAA